AUGAGCAUGCGGUUUAAUCAGCUUCUUGACAUGCCACACCUGUCAGGUGCACGGAUGAUCAUGGCAAGGGGGAAAUGCUCACGAACAGGGAUGUAAACACAUUUGUGCCCACAAUCUGCGAGAAAUAAGCAUUUGGCGCAUAUGGAGAUUUUCAUUUUGCACGUCCUUUUCUACACGGGCAGGAUAGCAGAGAUCCACGAGGUCAAGGGAAAAGAGUCAGCUGGGAUUACAACAUCAAUAUCCCAGGCCAUGUGGACCAUCGAGGUGGAGCGAGCCCUGCGUGUUUUGGACGGGGCGAUCCUGGUCCUAUGUGCGGUUGGAGGGGUCCAGUGGCAGACACUGACCGUGAGCAGACAGAUGAAAUGCUAUAACGUUCCCUUCCUCACCUUCAUCAACAAGCUGGACCGCAUGGGAGAAAACCCCAGCCCCGCCCUGCAGGCCAUGAGAAGACGGAGUACAUCGUCAACACACGCAUAGGCAAGAAGGUCCACGUGCAGAGGCUACUGCGCCUCCAUGCCGACCAGAGGAUGUGGAGGUGUAGUAUGCAGGGGACAUCUGUGCCCCAUUUGGGAUCGACUGUGCCAGCGGAGACGCCUUCAACUCCCGGACCAGCGCCAACCUCUCCAUGGAGUCCAUCCACAUACCAGAGGCUGUGAUCUCCAUGUCUAUGAAGCCAUCCAACAAGGCCCUCUCACAUUCGAUGUAGUAUGAGGAGACAAAAUGACCACACUAAGGCUCGAUACUAUUUCAGUAGAGUAUAUGAGCUUGUAUGACCUCAUCCUCCCUCUUCCUGUGGAUCAGAAUGACACGGGUAAGUUCUCUAAAGGCAUCAACCGCUUCACCAGAGAAGACCCCACGUUCAGGGUCCACUUUGACACAGAAAGCAAGGAGACCAUCAUCUCUGGUACGGGAGAGCUGCACCUGGAUAUCUACUCACAGGUACUAGUUCAGGGCUCCACUCUCUGGCGAUCUGAAGAUCCUUCUGUCCGCAACCUUUGCGUUUUGGCUUCAUCUUAUUUUUUUCUUCAACAGUGUCCGAAGUUGUCCUGAAGGAUAAUAGAAUGUAUUACGAGUUCCAAACAUCCAGAACCUUCAAUGGCAUUUUGGUGCGGUAAAUCAAGCUGACCUUAUUUUCUCUCGCUGUCUUUCUGUAGAGGGAGUAUAACUGCCCCUGUGCGAUGGGAAAGCCCAAGGUAGCCUUCAGGGAGAGCGUGACCAGUGCGGAACCCCAUGGAGAAGACCAACAUUGCUGUGCUGGAACCAAUCAUGUCAGUAGAAAUUGUGGCGCCCGAUGACUUCCAAGAGACAGUCAUCGCCGGGGUCAACCGUCGCCAUGGUGUUAUCAGUGGGCAGGAUGGGGCGGAGGGCUACUUUACGCUGUGUGCUGAUGUGAGUGCAGCUCUGUCCUACUCAUACUUCCUAUGCCUUUUUCUUUCUGCUAAGACAGGAUAGGUUAAGUCUGUCCAGUCACUGUAUAUUUGAUGGUCAAUCGCCAUUUUCUCUCCCCAGAUUCCACUGAAUGACAUGUUUGGUUACGCCACAGAGCUCCAGUCCUGUAAGGCGCUGGCUCCUCUAGUCAGAUGUCAAGACGUCAAUUAGUCAUAAAAAUGUCCAAGAUAUCAAGCCAUGCACUUUCAGUGAUAUUGAAUUGAGUUUGUAUUUGCUAUUUUUUUUCUGUUAAUUUAUUUGGACUAAAGUUAUCGCUCAGUCUAUGAUCCUUUCUGGAGAACUGAUGUGGGGGGUGUGUUGUGUCCAGGGGAAAGGAGAGUACACCAUGGAGUAUAGCAGAUACCAGCCAUGUCUGCCUGGCACUCAGGAGGAGCUCAUCAACAGGACAGCUGCCUGCCAAGAAGGGGAAGUGGAAGAACUGAGGAUGGACAACACACACAAUCAAUGAAUUGUAAACACAUUACAAAGGGUUUGAAUGGAGCUGAAUGUUGGGACUAAUAACAAUAUAACUAAUGUAAAACAUACGGUGUGCAUAAAACAUAUAUAGGGUAAGAACUUUUGUGAAAGAGCACAGUUUGAAAGAAAUGGCAAAUAAAAAUCUAACCGGAUGGACAUCAGAAAUAGAUGGGAAAGGUUGAGGGUAGAGGAAGGACAGGAGUAAAAACAAACUAAGUAGAACUAUUGUAAAAUAAACUGUCCAUAAAAUGUAUAUAGUAUGUAUAAGCUGGAAGUAGAACCCUAAGAGUUGUUGUUUACUACAAUUAGGAUUGGGGUGGUAGGGUUAGAAAGUAAUGAAGGAAAAAAAUAAUUAAGAUAUGUAUUUGUAUGUACUGUACCAGUCAAAAGUUGACACCUACUCAUUCAAGGGUUUUAUUUUUACUAUAUUGUGGAAUAAUAGUGAAGACAUUAAAACUAUGAAAUAGCACAUGUGGAAUCAUGUAGUAACCAAAAAAAGUGUUCAUUUUAUAUUUGGUGCUUUGCUGGUGACACUGUCCGUGAUUUAUUUAGAAUUCAAGGCAUACUUAACCUGCUUGGCUACCACAGCAUUCUGCAGCGAUGCACCAUCCCAUCUGGUUUGCGCUUUGUGGGACUAUCAUUUGUUUUUCAACAGGAUAAUGGCCCAACACACCUCCAGGCUGUGUAAGGGCUAUUUGACCAAGAAGGAGAGUGAUGGUGUGCCGCAUCAGAUGACCUGGCCUCCACAAUCACCCAACCUCAACCCAAUUGAGAUGGUUUGGGAUAAGUUGGACCACAGAGUAAACGAAAAGCAGCCUUCAAGUGCUCAGCAUAUGUGGGAACUCCUUCAAGACUGGUGCAGAAGCAUUCCAGGUGAAGCUGGUUGAGAGAAUGCUUAGUGUGUGCAAAGCUGUCAUCAAAGCAAAGGGUGGCUACUUUAAAGAAUCUGAUAAACAAACAUUUAUUUGUCAAACACUUUUUUUGGUUACUACAUGAUUCCAUGUGUUAUUUCAUAGUUUUGUCUUCACUAUUAUUCUACAAUGUAGAAAAUAGUAAAAAUAAAGAAAAACCAUUGAACGAGUAGGUGUGUCCAUACUUUUGACUGGUAUGUAUGUGUGUAUGUAUAAAGAAAAUGGGAAAUUUGAAAUAAUGCAGACAAUUACAUAGAUUGUAGCUUUCGUCAAUCUUCAGUAUUAAAGCUCGUCUACCCCCUUAAAGAAAUAACAUUACAGUACUGCAAUGGAAUGCUUGACAGAUGCACACAAACCUACACAGUGCUCAAUCAACUGUAAACAUACUCUGCCUCGCCAAGGGCUCCUGAGUGGCGCAGCGGUCUAAGGCAUCACUACAGACCCUGGUUCGAUUCCAGGCUGUAUCACAACCUGGCCACGAUUGGGAGUCCAAUAGGGCGGCGCACAAUUGGCCCAGCGUCAUCCGGUUUAGGGUUUGGCCAUCAUCGUAAAUAAGAAUUUGUUCUUAACUUGCCUAGUUAAAUAAACGUGAUAUUAAAAUAAUAUAUAUCGUAUGUGCAUUGAAAAUGCUACAAAUGAUCAGAGAUGACCAAGUGAAUUCCCUUGAUUCACCCCCUUGUUUCCCCCCCACACUGUCCUAAAGUAUUUAUUAUGACUAUUUCCAUUCAGCCUAUGCUCUCCAGCAAACAGCCUUGUCCCACAGCCUAGCAGUUUUUAUGAAGACUUGAGGCAAGUUCAAAGUUCGGACUUCAACUUGGGCAUGUAUAUUAACUGGUUUUGUACUAUGUACAGCAUAUGUUGUAAUGAUGAUUAAAUAAGACUGACCUAAUACUACC